UUGUGCAUCACAGCUACUGUCAAAGCCACGCCCUCAACCCCAACUGUCAGUUGUACGUGAAACAGUGUAUAAAUUGAACCGUUAGCACUGAAGUCUUAGCUGUAAUCAUUCGUCACAGUCCGCUGCCUUCAACGCCAGGAGGGUCCGUUCAGGUCCAGAGGAGUCAAAGAUCUUUGGAGCUGAAACAUGUCUUCAUCUGUAGCUACCACAGUGGGGGGGGUGGUGGUUGUCACCCAGGUUCACCGUGCACCUGACGCUGCUGCUGGCACUGCCCAGGAGCAGCAGUACGUGGGCAUCAGAAAGUUCAACAAAGGUCGACCACAGGUGCUCGGGACCAUUCAGAUUAUGGUGGGCGUGGUGGUCUUGCUGCUGGGGAUCAUCGUGAUACCUUCUGGUUUGACCAUUGGAGUUUUCACCGGCUCCUUCGCUUGGGGAGCUGCUCUGUACAUCGCUGCUGGAUCUCUGACUGUAGCUGCUGGGACUCGACUGACCAGCUGUCUGGUGAAAGCUGCCCUGAUUGUCAGUGUGAUAGCAUCAGUUGCUGCCACCAUCAGCACCAUCAUGUACAUCAUGGAUGCCGUUAUUAUUCUUGGUUACGGCCGCUACACGUACCAGAGUCGAAUGCGGGGCGUCUCAGGCGUCCUUGCAGUUUUUAGUUUUCUGGAGCUGAUUGUUGCCAUCACUGUGGCAGGUUACGCCUGUAACGCCAUCUGCUGCUGUAAUGACCCUACAACAGUUCUGGUUGUACCUGCAGCAGCUGUGGCCUCUGGUGAAUCUGCUGAUGUGAACAUGGAGCAGGUGCAGUUUUUCAAAAGCUCAGAAGAAGAUGAGACCAUGGCUCAACCUCCACCUUAUUCAACUGUGUGAUCACCUGACCUGACUGCACCGAUCUGACCAUCAGACAACACCAAGAUUCUCUUCACAUGUCCACCUUCACUGUUAUCAUUUCAUGUUGUUCAUCAACAGAGUCAGAACUAACACCAAACUCACUAACCUAACAUUUUUUCUCGUAUUAAAUGUUUCUAUGAACACAGCACUCAAUGUUUAUCUGUUUUUGGAACCAGCAGCCAGAGAAAACAUCCACUUAAACUGGUAUGAUUGCAGGCUGGUUCUUCAGAGAGCACCAGGGUUUUCAUACUCCAGAACGGAACCAGAGCCAGAACAAGAAUUAUGUCUGUUUGAAAACACUGUGAGAUUUAUAUCAGAUCCUUUGAAGUAAGUUUUGCUUCAAAUGCACCAUUUUGUGCCACUGUUGUUAAAGACAAAAGUUUCAGUUCAAAGUUUUUGACAGAUUUUCUAGGUUACGUUUCUAAAGAAGGCUCAUUGAAGGAUUUGAUUUAACAUAGAAACCAUUUUAUUGGUCGGUCUGACCUGUUGAGUGUUCUCUUUUUUAAAGACUUUUUUUAUACUUUUGUAUUUUUUUAUAUUUUCACAUAUUUUUAUGUACCCUUCAUUUCCAACAUUUCUUGUGAUUAAAGCAAAGACAAACCAUA